UUGCAGAUUGGAACCUGGGAUAGUACGAAUGGUGUGAAUCUGACAGAGAGUAAAACAGAAACUAAACACGAGUUACAAAAGAAGCUAGCAAAUUCAACUUUGAGAGUUGUCACAAAAUUGGAACUUCCGUAUGUGGGUAACAAAACUGCCCCCGAUGGCACUGUUGAGUAUGAAGGUUUUGCCAUAGACCUGCUGAAUGCUAUUGCAGAGGAGCUUCAUUUUAAUUACACUAUUUCCAUCGUGAAGGAUGGUCAAUAUGGUGGAGAGGACCCAGUAACCGGCAAAUGGAACGGAAUGGUCGGAGAGCUUAUCGAGAGAAAAGCUGAGUUAGCUGUUGCUGGUAUGUCUAUUACAUACAAACGCGAAAAAGUUAUCGACUUCACAAAACCAUUCUUGAACCUCGGCAUCACCAUAUUAUACAAGAAGCCGAUGAAAAAACCACCCAAGUUAUUCUCGUUCCUCUCUCCUCUUACUUCGGAGGUAUGGGUAUAUAUCAUCGCCGCCUACCUUGUUGUCAGUUUUAUGCUCUACAUUAUUGCGAGGCUAAGUCCCUACGAGUGGUAUGAAUCCGGAUCGGACGAACUGGAUAAUCAAUUCACUGUUCUAAAUAGUUUGUGGUUUACCAUAGGUUGCCUUAUGCAGCAAGGUAAGC